UCUCUCAUUCCCGUAUUGUCACACAAGCUUUCUAAAUUGUGAAUUCUACACCCAAGAUCUGUUUAAGUAUUGGGGAAUUUGGGGUUAUAUAUUUCUUGAUGAUAUAUAUAUAUAUAUAUAUAUAUAUCUACACACAAACACCAAAAUGCCAAACCCGUACACAAAUUGUUUUUGUGGCGCUCAGGGUAGGAACUAGGAAGUAUGUCCAUCCGCGCGUGUAUAUACACACUAUAUAAUUUCGUGUCUUCAUUUGUAUAUUCUUGUGGGUGGUAUUGUUUUGUUUUCAAACGUUUGAUCACUCAUUUACUUAUAAGAUAAAAAUUCUGAUGACCCAAAUUAACAUCAACAAAGUUUACUGCUUUAGGCUAAAUUCUUGGAAUUGUAUUAGUCUUUUGUUAGAUUUUUUUUUUUUUUUCCUAUUCUAAAUGGACUUUUGUUAGAAUUAUUCUGCAGAAUUAUAAAACAUAAUUCAUGGAGCUGAAUCCAACUAGCGAAAAACUUGGAAAAAAAAGGCUUUGUUGAGUUGACUUUAGGAUGUGUUUUGAUGACCCAUGAAAUUGAGCUUCUCCAUUAUGUUCUCUACGUAGAUUUUUUUUCUUCCUGAAUGUAUUCUCUACUUAGUUUUCUUACUCUACACAAAUCCAGUAUCACUAAUGAAUAAUAUCAUCUGAGAACACAGGUGAUUAUAGCUGCAAGUAAUACUACAUAGCUUUAAUGGCACAAUCUCCUUUAAAAACUACGGCUAACUAUGGUGAUGACUUACGUAUGAUAUAUUUGGUGGCUUCGUUCCUGAAUGUAUUCUCUACUUAGUUUUCUUUCUCUACACAAAUCCAGUAUCACUAAUGAAUAAUAUCAUCUGAGAACACAGGUGAUUAUAGCUGCAAGUAAUACUACAUAGCUUUAAUGGCACAGUCUCGUUUAAAAACUACAGCUAACUAUGGCGAUGACUUACAUAUGAUAUAUUUGGUGGCUUCAUUUGGGAUGAUUGCUUUCUUCCUUUAAAUGCUAAAUAGAACACAGUACUCAAUAAGUAGGGGACACCCAGGCAAUGUUAACAUGCUUUUGAUAGGGACAUUUGAAUAUCAUAAGCGGAAUGGAUACAUGGGUUCUUGUAGCUGACACCAAAUAAUUGGGAAAAGGCUUGGUUGUUGUUGUUGUUGCAUUUGAAUAUAAUUGAAAUUUGGGCUAAAUCUGGUUUGUUUUGAUUGUGGUUUAUUUUAUCUACUGUUUUAUUCUUGAACAAUGCUUCUUUUGUAGAGCUUAAAUAAUUCAUUUGUGCUAAGAGGAGAAGUGAAUCACAAGUUCCUUUUGCUAACUAAAAUAGAUUACAUUAAUGGGUUUGCCAAGAUUUACACGUCCCAAGGAAGAAGAUGGUGAGUCAAGCCCUAACCUUUAUGUGGCCAACUGCGGGCCAGCUGUGGGACUUUCUUUUGACACUAUUGCGUCAGUGUUCAGCACCUACGGAGAAGUAAAAGGAGUCUAUGAAGCUGAUGAAACUGGCACUCGUGUCAUUAUAUCUUAUUCUGAAGAGAGUUCUGCUCAGGAAGCCUUAAACGCAUUAGAUGGACAUCCAUGUCCUGAUCUUAACGGCCGUUAUUUGCACAUACGGUAUUCAGUACUUCAACCACAUUGCCAGGUCAAUCACUUAGUUCCAGUAUCUUUGGUUGCUUCAGAAUUGAACAUUCCAGGAGUUUAUUUGUUGCAUGACUUUGUCACUGCUAAAGAAGAGGAGGAACUGCUUGCUGCAGUUGAUGAGAGGCCUUGGAAGAGUCUUUCAAAGAGAAGAGUUCAGCAUUAUGGGUAUGAGUUUAGCUAUGAAACGAGAAAUGUUGAUACAAAAAGGAAGUUGGGUGAACUUCCAUCAUUUGUUUCUUCCAUACUUGAAAGAGUUUCAUUGUUUCCUGACCUUGAUGGUGCUGCAAAUAUGAUUUUGGAUCAACUGACGGUUAACGAAUAUCCGCCUGGGGUGGGCUUAUCCCCACAUAUAGACACCCAUUCAGCAUUUGAGGGAUCAAUUUUCAGCCUUUCACUCGCAGGACCUUGCAUUAUGGAGUUUAGGAAAUAUUCAGAAGGUCCUUCAAAACCUGCUUCAAGUACCAGCAAGAAUUUGGAAAAUUCUGAUGAUAGCUCAAGUUUCUUAAGGAGGGCUAUCUAUCUUCCCCCUCGAUCAAUGCUCUUGUUAAGUGGGGAGGCGCGGUAUGCUUGGCAACAUUACAUUCCACACCAUAAGGUUGACAUGGUGAAGGGCAGUGUGAUCAAAAGGGGUCCAAGGAGAGUAUCAUUUACACUUCGUAAGGUCAGGACAGGACCUUGUCAUUGUGCAUUUCCUCAAUAUUGUGAUUCUCAAAGAUAGGAAGGGGGUGGUUUUACACUGAUUUAAGGUCUGAGCUCUUUCUAUCGAUGAUAAAGAUUCUCGUGAAGAUGGUUUGAGUGGAGGAAAACAAUCAUGAAUUUGAUUCUUGUAGUGCAAGAGCAUCAAAGAUGGGCUGUGGGGAAAGAAAUUGCAAAAAUGGCGACAGUGCUUCUAUUUUGCUUUAUUUGCAUUGGCAGAUGAGAGAAAAUAUCUUGGCGAUCAGAUGUUAUAUGGAACUUUUCUAGAUCAAUGUGAUCUUACAUUUAACAAAAUUCUUCAAUUUGGCAAUUCUUUCCGGUUGCAGUUUCUUUCAUUUUCCAUGCUAUUGAUCUUGGAUGACAUGCUUAAACUUAAUUCAUAAUGUCCAAUUCUUACUUUCCAAUUGCAAUUACUUCAAUUUUGUUCUUUUCAUAAACUCUUUUGACGGCAAAUUGUAUAGAUCGACUCUUAACUACCAUUGUAAAAACCAGAAGCUUGUGACGUGAUGCCUCACCCAAAAACUUAAACUAUAAAAUAUAAAAACUUAUGGUCUAGUGCUUAUAUUUGAUACA